AUGGCUCCUCCUGCUCAUAAUUAUCAAGGGGAAAAGGAAUAUCAGAAUGAUCUAGAUGAUUGGACCAUCAUCUGUCAGUACUGUAUCAAACCCAUCUCAGCAACUAGACCUCCUGUCUACAGUGAGGUCAAUUGCAGUUGCUCACAGCUUGCCAUCCAUGCUGCUGGAAUAAACCUGGUCAUGCAGCCUAAGACCCAUAGAUUAGAGCCAGAGUUCAAUGCUUCUGACCGGCAUGUCUACACAUAUCAAGAUUUUAUCCCGAAAUAUGCUUCUUCAUACAACGAAGCUUUGACAACAAAUCAAGAACCUCCUGUUCACGAAACCAGCAACAACUUUGAAGAUAUCAACACCAACUGGAACAAUGGUAACCUCACACAAGACCAGCCAUACUCUGUCCAAAAUUACUCAUGGCCGCUCUGUUCCUGGCUGACAGAGAACGAAUCUCCAUAUACUCUUUCAUCUACCCCUCAAAACCCAUCCUAUGCUCACAGAUCUUCAUCGACAAAGGCCAAGAAAUGGAGUAAGCGAGGAAACUCCAGUCUCUGUAGCUCUAGAAGCAGCGUGGGACCUGGAUUCAAGGGAUGGGGUCCUGACCCAUUUAUUGAAACUGGAGCAUGGGCUUGCGAAAAGCAUCAGGACAUAAAUGUGCACCCGAUGGUAAUGAGUGGUAUGAGCGAUUCGGGUGGGAAGUAG